UGAGGACUGGAUACCUCUCCUGUUUAAAGUUUACUAUCACAAGGAUCCAGAUGUUCCACAGAUCGUAGCAAUUGCAUUUGGUAUUUGUGCUGAAUUCGGAGCAGAUUUCCUUAAACCUCAUGCUGAAGCAAUGUUCAAUUGUUUGAAAUCUGCAUUGGAGCAUCCUAAUGCAAAAUACCAGUAUAACAUCAUGGCUUAUGAGGCUGCUGUUUUUACCUGUGGGAAGUUAAACCAGUUUCUCUCAGAUGACUUCUACACCUCUGAGUUCCUGUGGCUCUGGCUUAGCCACUUACCAAUAAGGUGUAAUCUGGAUGAGGCUAAAAUCAGUCAUGGAAUACUUUGCUCAAUGAUAGAGACGUUUGAGGAUAGAGCUAUUGGCCCUCGAGGACUUCAUAUACCAAAGAUCAUAGCAAUUUUCGCUGAGGUUUUAUGGGCAGGGAACAACUUGGCCACAGAAGAAACUAGAGGGCGAAUUAUCAAGCUAUUGAAGAAAUUUCAAAGGGAACAGCACCCUUCUGUCUUGUUCGAAACACUUGAAACAUUACCUUUACCACACCAAAACUUGGUGCGCACCGUCUUGUCCACCUUAUAAACUGGUUGUGCAUUCUUUGAGUAGAUAGAUACGUGUACAGAACGGAAAUAGCUAACAGGAAAAAUAGCAGACUCAUAAUUGUAGAGUGAGAAAGAUUACUGUAAUAUAGAGUGUGAAUGUACGCAAAGGAUGAAGUAGUAUCGGAUUGUAAAGGAGAUUCUUGUGUAUGAAAGGAAGUUACUAGCCAGAUCUUAUGAAAAAUAAGAUCUAAACGUAGAUAGAGCGUUACCUGUUACAUUUCUCCCCCGAUAUCAUUUAGCGUGGAGGUUGUGUCCUUCGUUGCUAGCUUGUUUGUACUCCGUCAAAGUGUGGUAACUGAACAUUACCUUUUGGUCUAU